AUGAUUAAUUAGUAAUUGAAUGAGAAAUAGUAAGACAUUAAUGACGGAGAUAGAUAUGGGGAUGUUUCAUUAAUAUAAUAGUCUUAGAAAACAAAUCGAUAAUGGAUGAAAGUAAGUCAAAUCAAUGAAUCAACAAUUGGAAAAACUAUCUUACUCAGAGCUAGGAUUCACAAUUCUAGAAUGAAAGGAAAAAUUGCUUUUUUAGUUCUCAGAGAAAAUUGGUAUACAAUCUAAGCUGUUUUAACAAAAGGAGAACAAAUAGGUUCGCAAAUGAUUAAAUACACAGGAGGAAUCAAUUUGGAAUCUGUAGUUGACAUAGAAGCUGUUGUUUUAUAAACAAAUUUUAAGAUCAAGGAUUGUACUUAAUAAGUUGAAUUACAUAUAUAAACUAUUAGAGUGAUAAGUAGAUCAAUUACUAAAUUGCCAUUUCAAAUUGAAGAAGCUUCAAGAAAAAUUAUUGAUUAUUAUCCUAAUUUAUAAUAGUAAAAGUAGAAUGAAGAUCAACAGCAGUUAAUCUAAAUUCAAGAUUAUCAAAUAUCUCAAAAUUAAAGAUUAAAUAAUAGAGUUCUUGACUUAAGAACUCCUGCAAAAUAGGCCAUUUUUCGAGUAAAAUCAGGAAUAGCUUUGCUUUUUAGAUAAUUUUUAAUAGAAAAGGGGUUUAUUGAAAUUCAUACUCCAAAACUAUUAGGAUUUAAUACAAAAAAUAACUAUUGCAAAUUUAAAUUAUAGUACUUUAAUUAUCAAGCAUUUUUAUCCUAAUCAUCUUGUAAAUAUAAAUAAAUGUGUCUGAUGGCUGAUUUUGAAAGAGUUUUUGAAGUAUCCCCAGCAUUUCGGGCACUUCAUGGUAACACUCAUAGAGAAUUGUGUGAAUUUAUAUGUAUGGAUUUAGAAAUGGUUAUCAAAGAAAAUUAUACUGAAUUGCUAGAUCUGACAGAAGAAUUAUGUUUAUUUAUAUUGAAGGGAAUUGAGAAAAAGUUUGAUUAAGAAAUUUAAAUCAUCGCAAAGUAGUUUUAGUUUUAACCUAUUAAGAUUUGUUACCCUAUUAUCAAAUUAACAUAUUUUGAUGCAAUAAAAUUACUUCAAGAAGUUGGUAUUGUUUAAAGUCCUUAAUAUUAUUUUUGCAUUACAAAUUAAAAGUAAUUAGGAAAGAUAGUAAAAGAGAAAUAUGGAACUGACUUUUUCAUUCUGAAUAGAUUACCAAGAGAAAAUUAAAAUUCCUGUAUUAUGCCUUGUAAAGUGGAUCCUAAUUUUAAUUUAUCUUACAAAUUCUUUUUGAGAGGAGAAGAAAUAGCAUCAGGCCAUUAAAGAAUUCAUGAUCCAGAACAUUUAAAUAAUUAACUAAAAGGAAUAGGAUAAGAUGCUCAACUAUUAAAAGACUACAUUAAUUCCUUCAGGUAUGGAUCCUAUCCUCAUGGAGGAUGUGCAUUUGGUUUAGAAAGAUUCCUAUAUUUAUACUUUGAUUUAAAAAAUAUUAGAAACGCAAGUUUGUUUCCAAGAGAUUCAAGUAGAUUAUUUCCUUGA